GGCCGGCCUGAGCACGCCGACGUCCGCGGGGCACAGCAUGCUGGGCCACAGCCCCGCGCACCAUCACCACCACCACCACUUCGCGCAGCCGCCAGUGUCCCCCGGCCAGCAGCCCGGCCAGCAGGCCAGCAUGUCGCCGCUCUUGCCGUCCUUCGGCUUCACGCAGGAGCAGGUGGCGUGCGUGUGUGAAGUGCUGCAGCAGUCGGGCAACAUCGAGAGGCUGGGCCGAUUCCUGUGGUCCCUGCCCGCCUGCGACAAGCUGCACAAGAACGAGAGCGUGCUCAAAGCCAAAGCCAUCGUCGCCUUCCACCGCGGCAACUUCAAGGACCUGUAUAGGCUAUUGGAGAGCCACCAGUUCUCGCCGCACAACCACCCCAAGCUGCAGGCGCUGUGGCUCAAGGCGCACUACGUGGAGGCCGAGAAGCUGAGGGGGAGGCCGCUGGGCGCCGUCGGCAAGUACAGAGUCCGCCGCAAGUUCCCUCUGCCUAGGACUAUUUGGGACGGCGAGGAGACGAGCUACUGCUUCAAGGAGAAGUCGCGGUCCGUGCUUCGCGACUGGUACCAGCACAACCCCUACCCGUCGCCGCGGGAGAAGCGGGAGCUGGCCGAGGCGACGGGGCUCACCACCACCCAGGUGUCCAACUGGUUCAAGAACCGGCGGCAGCGCGACAGGGCCGCCGAGCACAAGGACGGGCCCGGCCGGAGUCCCUCCGGAGGCGACGGCGACAAGAGCGGCGCGCAGGGGAUGGACUCGUCGUCCGAGUCCGUGGACGAGGCCCCCGACCACAAGCCGUCCGAGCUGGCCAGCCACCCUCACCCCCUGCCCCACCACCUGCCGCACUCGACGCAGGCCCUGCUGGCGCAGGACUCGCUGUCCAACCACCACCACCCCGACCUGUUCGGCGACCUCAAGCCCAGCGUGGCGUCCCUCCAGGCCGGCGGCAUGUCCGCGGCCGGCGCCUCGGCCUACCCCAGCGGCCAGCUCAGGGUGGGCCCCGGCCUCGGCCCCAGCCCCCACGGCGGCAGCGUCCAGACGCAGGGCCUGAUGGGGCUGGACCACUCGCACCACCCGCACCAGCAACACCACCAGCACCACCAGCAGCACGCCGUGGACGGGUCGCUGCUGCACGACUACCACACGUUGUGACAGUGGGCCGCUGGCUAUGGCUACAGCCACGGCCAGUGACCCGCGGCACCCCGAGCACCCCGAGCACCCCGUCGGGACUGACUGCACGACCAUCCGCCCGGCCACUCACGACCGCUUCAUAUUUACCUUGAUAACGUACUGGAAAAUGUGACUGCCGUCUCUACAUGUUACUUCUUAGUGUUACAUUCCUCCCCUUACAAUAGAAUCUCUCAAUUAUUGAGCAUUCAAAAACUACUCUGGCUCUUAAAAAUAAAUUUAAAAAGUUACAAAGGUGGAGCGUGGUGCGUUAGAGCUUUACAGGCCUCGUGAUGGACUAUGCAAUUAUUAUUAUUAUAUUAUAAUUAUAUUACUAUUAUUACUUUUAUUAUUAUUAUUCGUCCUCGCCCUCGUCCUCUGCAGGUCGGAGGCGGAAUCAAUAUCUUAGACCUCAAGGCAAGUCUGUCCGGCGCCGCGCACUCGAUCUACUUGCCAGUGGAGCAGCUCAGUUCUCACCCCUCUCCGCCGUCGUGCCACCGUGCCGUCGUUGUCAGGCGAAUGGCGGAGACGGGACCUAAAAAUUUGGGAUGGCCGACGUGGAGUCGCCGGGACGGCGGAUCUCAAGUUUCAAAAAGCGUGUCCCAGAUGAAUUCUCUUUCUUUUUAUUGUUAUUUUCCGCUCUAAAUGAUGGAUCGACACGGCGCUUGGCGUGGCGGGUCGCUGCUAAACAGCGUGUGCGCCGUCCCGGACCGUCCUGGACCGGGCCGUAGCGCACGGCGUCCGCAGCGUCCGCAGCGUCCGCGGCGGUAGAAGACUGAUUACUAUAGACAAUAUUGCUGGCCGGCACUCGCACAAAACGUUGGCCGUCCCGCCGUGCCGGCCGGCCGGGCGCACUGCCGGUCUCUGAGGUCGCGGAGGCUACAGGAUCAUGUGAUGUUAUUUUAUGUGUAAGAAAUUGAUCUAUUGUUGUAAAUACUAAAUGAUAUUAUGCAUAUUAUUGGUCGGUACUCUUAUGCAAGUGUGAUAUGUACCGGGCCAGAUCGGCCCGGGAUGAGACUAUUUAAACCAAAUUAUUUAAUCUGUCAAUGGUUAAGUUUAAAUUUUUCGUUUUCAUUUUUGUACUGUGACGUCGUGAUUUUGAGGGGGGGUUUUAGACGACUAAAUCUAGCAAUAUGAGGGACUUUUUCUGUCGCAUGGGCAUCGGCCUGUGCAAGCCAUAGUGCAAGCCAUGCUCCCAAACUUUAUCUCAAAGUUUAGAAAAUGCUAAUUAGUGUCGGCUUGUUUGUACUGCCAGUUCUCUCAUUUGCUGAAAUGUUCUUUUUUACUCGUCUGUAGACGCCUGUUGUGAUUUUGUUAUCUCUUUGCACAAGGUUUAGUUAUUAUAAUUAUGAUGGUUGUGUUUGUUCUGAAAAAGAAAAAUCGGAGCGGCCCAAAGACUCGCAAACUGCACGGUCACAGUAUGUACAGAUGUAACAACUAGUCAACAGAUAUUAGGUCACCUAUUAAAUAAUAAUUGUUUCAAACAGAA